AUGGCGGCUGGUCUAGGACAGGUGAUAUCUUGGUACAUCUGUACUGCUGUCGCCGUCGUUUUCGCCGGCGGCCGACAAUUGAAUCAAUGGCGAAGGUUCAGAAAAUUCACCAUCGAGGAUGGGUGCCUCAUGUUGGCAUCAUGUUGCCUCGUUGCGGAUCUGAUCAUUCAGCAGUACAUGUGGAACAGGGGCAUGGCUGACAUGUCGAAUGCAACUCGCGAUGAUUUCAUUGCCAUUAUGCAGAUGAUUGUUCCAGGAUCAAUUUUUUAUGUCACGUCGCUAUGGGCAGUCAAAUUCGCGCUUACGCUCCUCUAUAAGAAGAUCGCAGCACCUGGAACGAAAAUACAAAUAGUUUUCAACAUUAUGCUCGGAUUUCUUGCAGCUACCUGGCUCGUUAUCUUCUUCCACAUCAUAUUUCAGUGUUACCCUCAUGAUAAAAGGUGGUCGCUAGACCCAGAAUACCAAUGUAGCCAAGAAUCUGCAACUGUCAACUACUGGAUUACAAUCCUCACAAACAUAUUCGCCGACGUUAUCAUCAUAUGUCUUCCGGUUUCAAUGGUCUUGAAACUUCAAAUGAAACUCAAGCAGAAGCUUGGUGUAUUAGCGAUUUUUGCACUCGGCAUCUUCGUGGUCAUAUCAAGCAUCGUCCGAGCUUACUACUCCAAGCGCAAUGAAACUAUGUUGACCUGCACAGUGUCCAUGGUUGAGACAUCCAUAGCAAUCGUCGCUGCUAGUCUUCCGGCGCUUCGCUCCCUCGUCCUCGGACGCUCCUCACAAGCGGCUAACAGUUACUAUGGGGGCCAUUACGAGCUUCCCUCCGCGAAUCGGCAAGCACAAAGUCGAAUCGUCACAAAUAUAGUGGGGGGUUCCCGUCGGGGGCAGAACGACUCGGAAGACGAGCUCGUGAAGGAGAAUAGGUCUGCAGUUUCAGGGGAAAGAGGAAAAUCGAUAGACUCCAAUAGUGGGAUUCGGGUCAAUACUACGUUGCAGAUGGAGCACGGGCCCGGACAGGCGAAGUUUAGGGCUACAUAG